GCAGGCGGCGGGGUCACGUGGGGCGGGGUGGCGGUGGUUCCUCCGGCCCCGAGGCGUUGCUGCUGCUGCUGCUGCUGCCGCCGAGGUUCCAGCGGAGCGGGCUGGGUGCGCCUGCGUGUCUCGCCUCCGCCGCCGCCUGCGAGCGCCCUUUCCUGCCUCGCCGUAGUAGUAGUAGUAGUGGGACUCGGGGGGCGGGGAGGGAGCCUGGGCCUGCCGCCUACCACCGACGGCUUCUAGGCUGGCUUCUUUCCUUCCUUCCUUCCUUCCUUGGAGGCGCCUCUUCUCCUGCUCCCGAGGGCCUGCGUGGCGGUGGUGUGUCCCCCGCACCUUCCCCAUCCAACUGGCAUGGGGGACUCUAUGCCCCAGGGGGGCUUCCAGGCUGCCAACAUGGACGAUCUCCUGCCAUUGUUGUUGCAACAUAACUGGGGUGUUCCAGACCCUCCCGCAAGCAGCACUCCUGUCGUGGAGAUAAUUGAACAGCCUAAGCAGCGUGGCAUGCGUUUCCGCUAUCAGUGCGAAGGGCGGCUGGCUGGCUCCAUUCCCGGGGAGCGCAGCACAGACACCACCAAGACCCACCCCACCAUCAAGAUCCACAACUAUACAGGCCCAGGCAAGGUCCGCAUUUCACUGGUCACCAAGGAGCUCCCCUACCGGCCCCACCCGCACGACCUGGUGGGGAAGGACUGCAGAGAAGGCUAUUAUGAAGCAGAGCUGUCUCCAGAGCGCUCCAUCCACAGCUUCCAGAACUUGGGGAUCCAAUGCGUACGGAAACGAGACCUGGACAAGGCCGUGGCCAAGCGGAUCGAAACCAACAACAACCCAUUCAGCGUGUCCAUGGAAGAGCUAAAAGGAGACUAUGACCUGAACGCAGUUCGGCUCUGUUUCCAGGUGUGGAUUCAGGAUGCAGGCAGUGGGCGCUUGGUUCAGCUGCCCCUGGCAAUCUCACAGCCCAUCUAUGACAAUCGUGCUCCCAACACAGCCGAGUUGAAGAUCUGCCGUGUGAACCGCAAUUCAGGGAGCUGCCUGGGCGGAGACGAGAUCUUCCUCCUCUGUGACAAAGUCCAGAAAGAGGACAUUGAAGUCCGCUUCUUCAAGGACUCUUGGGAGGCAAAGGGCUCUUUCUCCCAAGCUGAUGUCCAUCGACAAGUGGCCAUUGUCUUCAAGACCCCACCGUACAUGGACCAAACCCUUCGGGAGCCGGUGACAGUCCAGAUGCAGCUGCGCCGCCCUUCCGACAAGGAAGUCAGUGGACCCAUGGAGUUCCGUUACCUCCCUGAUGAAGGUGACUUCAAUCGUAUUGACGAGAAACGCAAACGGACCCUUGGCACCUUCAAGAACUUUGUUCAGAAAACGCCCUUUGCAGUCGGAGCUCCAGAACCUCGCUCCCAGCGCCGCAUUGCCGUUCCCAAACAUGGCCUGGGCCGGCCCAACAUCAGUGGUGUCCCAGGAAUCAUGGGAGCAUCAGGGCAACCCCCACUGCCCACCUCCAAACCCCAGGCAAUGGUGCACCCUUCUCCCUCCUACUUCACGGGGCCCAGCCAUGCUCCACUUCCAGCGGCGGCUCCUCCUCCAGCCGCAGCUGCACAGUCCAGCUUCAGCACGGUGAACAUGGAAGAUCUGUCGGGCCUGGGCGUGAGCCAUCGGGUCCAGCCCUCCGAGUCAGAGGCCGAGGCCAGCAUUGCAGACGCCUUCCUGCACCUCCACUUUGAAGGGGGGGAUGCCGGGGGCAUGGAGCUCGGGGGGAUCCUGGAUGAUGCCCCCUACGCCAGCCUGGAGGGGAUUAACACAGCCGAGUUCUGCCAGCUCCUCACAGAAGGGGCCGCCCAGCAAGCACUCCAGGACAACCAAGGCACUCUGCUGACCUAUCCAGAGUCGAUCAGCCGCCUGGUGUCCCAGCGGAGAGCCCAAGGGGAGCCCGGCGGAGGGAGCAGCGGCAGCGGCUCAGGUGCCAGUUGCUACAAUGGCCUUGCGGGGGCCCUUCCUGCUGAGGAAAGCUUUUCCUCCAUGGUAGAUCUUGACUUGAACUCUCUUCUGAACCAGCUGAACUCAUAAGGGUGGAGUCACAGGACCACCAGCUUGUCCCUGGGCUCCAGCUCCCCGGUGGCCCCUCUUUGUUUGCGUAGACUUUGCCAACUUAACUCUCCCCCUCUCUGGUGGGCCCGCUCCCCCCACUGGAUGGACUAUCCUUCAAGGAUGUGUUUGGAUGGGGGCAGCCUCUAGGUUCUUGGAACAUGAGGUUUUUAUAGGCCUGGACCAUUGCUUUUAGGCAGAGGCGAGGUCUCUUUCCUCCCCGCCACCAGUGAUGUGGGUGUUGUACAUUUGGUAACAUGGUGGAGCCAGUUCUUGCUACCCUACUGAAGGCUGUUUUCCUUCCAGAACUAUGGAGUUGUAUGUGUUUUUGACUGUUUGAAGGGUGAAGAAUAUCUCCUCCUUCCCAUGGUUGCCUUCUGAAAACUUGCCAGCCAGCACUUUCUUCUCCUCAUGCCAAACAAAACAUUAUUAAGGGGGAGUAGGAGCUCAGAAGCCUUUAAGAACUGUGCCAGCAAGCAAAAAAAAUUUGCAGGUAAAACCUGUUUCUAACCUUUUUUAUUAAAAAGCACACAGUUCUAAAUGCUACAGUAGCUGUACCAGGAUAUUUUAAAAGCAAAGCUACUUUUGUACUGUUUCCGGAGUGCCUUAAAGCCUCGCCCAAGGUUCUUCUGGUGGGUGAGGCCUGCCUGGUGAAAACCUACAGCGGAGGUGUUCUCCCAUCUCCAGGGCCGUGAAGGGUUGUCCCUUCUGCCCAUGUUUGAAGAGGCAGGAAGAGUUGGAAUCGUUUGUUGGUCCUUUGCUGUAGAAGGAAUAGCUUAACUCCAGCAGGCUGUUGUGGGUAUACAGACAUGGGACUUGUGGCAAAACACAGGCUAUUUUUCAACCUUGGUGUCCUUGGCCUUAACUGGGGAUUUGUGUCAGUGUCUAUGGGAUGCACAAAGGACUUCUUCCUCUUAAGAUAGGGUU